AUGGGACAUCACUCAACACAGUGUAGAGAAAAGAAGAACGAGGUAGAACACCUUACCCACGCGGACAACGUUGAACCAACAUUUCUUAACGCAAUCUUGGAGGAGAUUCCACCAAUUAAUAUUGUCAUGCUGAAUGAAAUGAAGCUGGCUACAGAAACCCAAGGAGAUAAGAACAACGAGACAUCAAUAGGUGUUUGGUUCUUGGACAACAAAGCCUACAAUCACAUGACAUGCGAUAAAGAGAAGUUCUUUGAACAAGAUGAGGCAGUAACUGGGAAGGUGAAGUUCGGAGAUGGUUCCACAAUACAAAUUUUUGGAAAAUGUUUUAUCAUAUUCGAAUGCAAAAAUGGCAACCAAUGGUUUAUCGAUGGAGUUUUUUACAUUCCUUCCUUACAAAGUAAUCUGGUGAGUCUUAGACAACCUACUGAGACAGGUCACAUGGUGGUGAUGGAUGAAGAAGAGCUUAAAGUCUUUGCUAAGAACCCUUCAUGCAUUAUCAUGAAAGUGAGAAGAAUUCAUAAUCGACUAUAUCAAGUUUGCUUGAAGUUGGCAAAAUCAGUUAGCCUUUUGGCUAAUCUUAAAGAUCCAUCAUGGUUAAGGCAUGCUCGUCUCGGUCAUGUUAACUUCCAAGCAUUAAAGUCCCUAGUGAAUAAGGGAAUGACUACUGGUGUUCCGCAAAUUUCUCCUCCAAAACAACUUUGUCGAAUAUUUCUAGUUGCAAAACAAACGGGACAACCAUUCGCGCUAAAAACAAAGUUUCGAGUUUUUCUCAAUGGAGAACUCGAAAAGGAAGUAUACAUGACUCAACCAGAAGGACUCAAAGUCAUAAGGAAUGGAAAUAUGUUAACUGUCAUUUCUCCGGCGUAG